GUGGCCGAAGCCGUGCUGAAGCCACAAGGGCGGGAAGGUUGGAGCUACCACCGAGGCCUCUCGCUGUCCCCCCGCGCAGGCUCAGGAACGGGAAAUGGACUCCCCGUGCUCGGCGAGUUUCCGCUGCCCCGUGGUUCCAGAACAAGCUUCCGCCAAAGGCAUGAGGUCGAGCAGCGCGAGCAUUUCCCUGUGGACGGUCGUGGCGGCCGUUCAGGCCGUGGAGAGGAGGGUGGACUCGCACGCCUCGCGCCUGCUGAACCUGGAGCGAAGGACGGUGACAACCGAAAAGAAGUAUUUCGACUGUGAGAAAACAGUAGUGGAUUUUGGUAACCAGAUGGAGAGCAAACUGUCCGUCCUGGGCACCCUCAUCCAGGAGUACGGGCAGCUCCAGCGGCGCCUGGAGAACAUGGAGAAUCUGCUGAAAAACAGGAACUUCUGGAUCCUGCGGCUGCCGCCGGGCUCCCAGGGCGAGGUGCCCAAGGUCCCAACGGCAUUUGGAAAUGACGCUGCUUCCUCUUCCGAGCAAGAGUGGGAGAACCUAGAAGAAGGGCAGAAAGAGCUGUACAGAAAUGUGAUGAAAGGGAACUAUGAGCCUCUGAUCUCUCUGGACUAUGCGAUCUCCAAACCCGACCUCCUGUCCCGGAUUGAGAGAGGAGAAGCACCCUGCAAUGGGAACCAGGCGGACUCAGGAGAGAGAGAUGUUCCUGCAGAACCAAGUACAGAGUCUCUGGUGUUUACACAUGAUAUGAGCAGCCAGGACAACGGAGGAGGAGUGCAGUGCCUGAGAGGACUGGAUGACCCAAAAGAGAGAAUAAAUAUGCUGGCUGAACCCAGAGCUGCAGACUAUGCCAUUCCAGAGCCAAGCUUUCCGUGCAUUGUGAAGCAAGAGGAACAGCCGUGUGCGGAGGAGCACGGAGCUACGGAGGAUGCGGAAUUUGCAGAGCUCAGCGUGGUUCCAGCAGAUGAGGUGCUAACAUUCAAAAUAGAAGAGGACUCUGACGAAUCUCUUCAAAGCUCAGAGACCUCCAAGACUUUAUCCAGGGAAUCACAGGAGCUUGUUUUCCAGGGUCCCAGUGAGGAGCUGCCCUUUGAUAGUCAGUACAGCUCUCCAGUGCAGCAGAGAAACCAAAGGACGAGUGGGCUGGUACCAUCCCCCCCGGAGGAAAGCAACGCUGUCACGUUUUAUGGGCUAAGCUGUCCCAGUGAGAGAUCUCACACAUGUGGUGCCUGUGGGAAGGGCUUUCGGCUGAAGAAGAUUCUCACAAUGCACCAGCAGAGCCACGGCACGCUGUGCUGUGGGGAGGACGCUGAACAUGACGAGAGCUUCCUGCAUCAGCAGCACUUCAAGCUGCAGCAGCAGAUGCACGUGGAAGACAGGACCCUUGCAGCUGUGGAGAGCCUCAAGCACAACAACAGUGCAAAAACCCAUGCCAGGAUCCCAGCCAUGGACAAGGUGUACAGCAGUCCCAAGUGCAUGAAAAGCAUCAACACCAACAGCAGCUACAGGCCAAGUCAAAAAAGCCAACUGCGGGAGAAGCCUUACAAGUGCAACAAGUGUCAGGAGAGCUUCUCCCAGAAGAAAACCCUCGUCAUCCACCAGCGUGUACAUUCAGGCCGGAGUGGAGGGGUUCUGGGUUGUUCAUACUGUGGGAAGACUUUCAGCCACCCCUCCAAUCUGAUCCGGCAUCAGAGGAUCCACACUGGAGAGAGGCCAUACCAAUGCAGCGAGUGCUCAAAGAGCUUUACCCAGAAGCAGCACCUCCUCCAGCACCAGAAGAUCCACCUGCGUGAGAGGAACCGUUUGGGUACACAGAAUCUGAGAAAGACGCCACUAGACAACUUCUUCUGUCUUACUGACAUGCUAGAGGAGAAUCGCUUGGCAGUUAGCAGGAUAGGGCAGUCUGCGUUUUGUCCAGCAGACCAAAUCAAUCCAGCAAAAAGCAACCACAGCAUUACAGUCUUCAUUAGCUUAGCCCACUCAAUCCAGGAAGUGCAAGAUGCAUUCGAGGGGCCGGUGAGCCUGCAGGACGUGUGGGUGCCCUUCAGCGAGCGGGAGUGGCGGGCGCUGCGCGGCUGGCAGCGGGCGCUGCACCGCGCCGUCAUGCGGAGCAACUACGACCUGCUGCUCUCCCUCGAACAUCCAGUUUAUACGGAAGACAGCUUAAUCGACAUUAAGCAAGAGGAAGAGUUGUGUGCUGCAGAUCUGCAGGAUGUGGAGGAUAGAGAAGCUCCUGAAGAGCUCUGCCUGGUAGAGCAAGCAUUUUAUGAGCCUCACACUUCCAGUCAGACCAAGAAAGGCAAAGAUGUUCAUGUCACAGAGCUGCCAGAUGCAGAGGGUGAAGACCUCCAUGCAGGCCCUUACCCAGGGUUUCAGACUUGUACAACUGAUGUUUUAUCUUGGAUUAAACAAGAGGAGGAGCCACACCUCCAUGAACAACAAGACUUGGAGGAAGAAGAAGUCUCUGCGGAUCCCAGUACAGUGAAUGAUGAAAACACAAGGAGUAAUCCUCAGGCAGAGUACUUUGAAAGCACUGUGUGUGACUCCAAUGUACUGGGAACACCUGGAGAGGUUUCCAAGGAUCCCAGUCCUGGAGUGACAUGGGACAAUCAGUGGAAUUCAGAAAUGAUGGAAGCAACCACCACCAGGAACAACACUGGAGAUUACAUUUGCAAUGACCAACAGUUUGAUGAGCACUUAGAUUUCUUUAACACUCAGGAAAACAAUGUUGGAGAGAGACCACAUGCAUACAACAAAUGUGAGAGAAACCCUCACCAGCAAAGGCAUCUUCAGACUCCUCAGGGAGCCCAAGAAGGGGAGAUGUUUCCAGGCCCCAUGUCUGAAAAAAGUCCCAACGACAGGGUGUUUCAUACGCUGCGCUCACAUCCAUGUGCUCCAAGUAAGAAACGCAUCAGGCAGAGGGCUGCUCGUGACUGCCGAGAGGGGCUGCCCCCAGGGCAGCAGCGGGUGGCUUGCACCAGGUACAGACGAAACCCCAAAGUCACAACUAGGUUUAGUGACCACAGCGACCUUCAUGGAGGGGAUCGGCCAUCUGCAUGCACAGAAAGUGGAGAGAACUUCCUUACAGAAAACCUGUUAACCAGCCCCUGCCAGGAUCACCCAGGGGACAAGUCAGAGGCAUGUGCCAUGUGUGGGCAACACUGCCUGCCCAAGGGCAGCUUAGCAAGCCAACAGCAGAGCCACGGGAAAGGGAAGCCCUACAUCUGCAGUGACUGUGGGAAAAGCUUCAUUUGCCAUUCCUGGCUUGUUAGACAUCAGAUGACUCACACAGGAGAGAGGCCGUACAAAUGCUCAGUGUGUGACAAAAGCUACAGGAGAAAGGAUUAUCUUCUAAAGCACCAGCGCCGGCAUUCGGGAGAAAGGCUGUUCCAGUGCCACCUGUGCAGGAAAAGGUUUGUGCUCAGGAGGAGUUUCAUUAAGCAUCAGGAAAGUCACUUGCAAGAAACAGAGGUAACUUUAGGCAGCUGGAGUGGCAGUGACAUCAGGGCAUCUGUAACGCCCUCCAUGUAGCAAAGCCUGUCCAGCUGAGAGUUUCACAGGCUGUUUGGAUGUUGCCUGUGCUGGGCGGGAAGAUGGGAUAGCAACAGGAUUGCCCAGCUCAGGGCUGGACCAUGGAAGGAGGAGGGUGUUGAACAGCUGUUUGAUCCCCCUCCAACGGAAGGGAGAACACUAGAUAUUUGUCUUUCAGGCUGAUUUGAAGUGGUUUGGGAGCUGUUUUGCAGCUUUCGCUGGCGACUGUAUCUGUUGCUGUUUGGGACAUAUUGGAGCUAAUAUGAAACCUGCAGUCCUCAGAAUUACUGCCAGCAGGGGAAUCUGCUCAGGGGAAAAAUCAGAUCGAAAUAUGAAUAGAAAUAGAAAAUUAAAAUGCUUGCUAAAUGAUCUUCUCCUUCGGGAACUUUAUUUUUACUCAUAUUUAAUAUUUCUUAAGGGGGAGUGAGAGCCUGACAUUCUGUGACAUUGCAGGGAUAAAACGCAUUCCUUUUAGUAAUAAAAAGUUCUAGAUGCA